CAAGCUUGUACGUUCUCUUGUCGAAUCGACGGAUUUAACCACAGAACCAACAGAUUCAACUAACAAAGGAUUUACGGUCUCUUUCAAUCCACCCACUAAUGACUUAGUUGCUACAGAAGUUCUCAUCGAACCGGAUUCCUUCCCAGAACCCACCACACAUUGCACGUUAAACAACAAAUGGCUUUUAAAUUUUUCAUCCACACCAAUUCCUCCACAGGUACAAUGCUUGUUACAAUUAGGUGAACGGUAUUGCUUCCCUGUGACUGAUAACAACACAAUUAUCCCUGAACUAAUUAAAUUUAUUGAAAACAGCAUCAAUAAACUCCCUACUGAUAAACGGGAACUUAUCAGAAGCCGAUCGUUCCCUAUUAUCAACAAUGUGGCAUCGCAUCCUUACCAUCCCUCAAAAAAUGACCGUUUCCUACUUGACGCGGUAAAAAAGACAAGAGACUUUCUCCAUGAUAAUCCUAAUAUUAUUGUAACUAAAGCAGACAAGGGCCAUACCACGGUUAUCAUGGAGAAGGAAACGUAUCUAAAUAAGAUGCUAACUCUGUUGAACGAUAGAGACACUUAUAACGUGGUCAAGAAAGAUCCUACAAAAAAACUUAUUGGCGGUCUCCACGUGUUGCUUGCUAGAUGGAAACAAUUGAAAUAUAUUGAUGAGACGACCUAUAGGAGAUGUAACUCCACCGAUGGUGCCCUACCGAGAGCCUAUGGACUGCCGAAAAUACAUAAAUCAGGUUGCCCGCUCCGGAUUAUUGUUUCGUCGGUCAAUACUCCGCUUCAUGCAUUUUCCACUCUUUUGCACAAAAUUAUUUAUUCCGCAGUUCCCAAACCUAAUAGUCAUAUCUUAAAUAGUUUCGAAUUAGUUAACAAAUUAAAUGGACUCCAUAUAGACGAAGAUUUUGAUAUCAUUUCAUUGGAUGUUAUAUCCCUUUUCACGAACGUGCCGAUUGAGUUAGCUGAAGAAAAUAUAAUGAAACGAUGGCACUACAUAAGAGACAAAUGUUCAAUUCCUUGCGAUGAGUUUCUGCUGGCUAUUCGGUUCGUCUUGAAUUCCACAUAUUUUUCUUUUAACAACACAUUCUAUCAACAAACCUUCGGCACUCCUAUGGGCUCUCCACUAUCCCCGAUUAUUGCUGACAUAACAAUGCAGGACCUGGAAAUUAGAGCACUUGAGAUACUGCCAUUUGUUCCUCCAUUUUUUGUCAGAUACGUGGAUGACAUCGCGAUGUCGGUUCCCUCUUCGUUAAAAGCCGCCACUCUUAGCACGUUCAAUUCGCUCCAUAAGAGACUACAGUUUACAAUAGAAGAGGGAGACGACAAACGCUUGAAUUUCCUCGAUACCACAAUAUGCGUUAUAGAUGAAUGUAUCGAAUUUGAUUGGUACCAUAAACCGACUUUCUCCGGCAGGUAUCUUAACUUUUCGUCGUCUCAUCCCGCUUGUCACAAACUGGGCACCAUCAAAUGCUUAACCGACCGUGCAUUAUUGUUAUCUCAUCCAAGAUGUCAUCAAAAGAACCUCAGAUUCGUGGUAGACGUUUUAUUAGAAAAUGGAUAUCCGCUCCCUCUCAUUUUCCAAACAAUAAGAGGGAGAUUAAAAACAAUAUGUAAAAAUCAAAAGUCUGGCUCCACUAAUACUAUUAACACACACACUAGUGACACUCAAAACGCAAAACGAUUUUUCAAUAUCCCUUAUAUUCCAAAUGUUUCCGAAAAAUUCAGACACGUAGUUCAGGACCUCAACCUGAACCUAUCAUACACUGGUCUCCAUAAACUUAGAUGUUUCAUCAAAGUACAUAAAGAUCCGCUCCCAACGCUGUCACGUAGUAAUGUAGUGUACAAAAUUUCUUGCAAAGAUUGCAACGCUUCUUAUGUGGGCCAAACAGGUAGACUUUUAUCUACAAGAAUCAAUGAGCACCGUAAACAUAUAAAUAGGAACACCAAACAACUAUCAGUUAUCACAGAACAUAGACAUUCUGGCCACGAAUUUGAUUGGGGUGGGGUUGACAUCUUGGAUGAAGAACCAUUUCUCUAUAGACGUCUCAUCUCGGAAAUGAUCUUCAUUAAGCGCCAAACGAAUAGUCUCAACGCACAGAACGACACGGAGCUCCUGGGUGACUUAUACAAUCUAAUCAUCCAGGAGCUUAGCCAAGUUUAA